UAUAAGACAGCACAGUCAUUGGCAAGGGAACAAUGACUUUUUUCCAUCCCAUCUCAAAACCUGCAGCUGACAGACGAGGCACGUCCCCGCAGAACCCCACCAUACAGUACCUAUUUACGGAGCUCCAACAGUACUUACCAUCAAUAUCAUCACAACUCAUGGGCAUUCUCAGCUCGAUACUUGCAAAAGUUACUCAUUAUCGUACCAGACGGACGGGAAAACGCGACAAGAAAGGGACCGAAGCUGUCAAAACAUCAAUUCCUUCGACUAUUGGUAUUGAAUGCGGAUCAGGAUCAGGAUCAGCAACAGGAGAUCAAUCGCGGUCGCUGGGGCAAGCAGAGCAAGGGAAAGCAGAUUCAACGUCGCAGGGAAAUACGAGAGUACAGGGGAGGUUAGAGGUAAGGGGGAAAGAAGAGGUGAAGCUGAAAGCGGGAGAGAGGUGAGGGGUUCCUUUUUGCAUCUUUCUACUGCUUUCUCUGCCUACUCUGCCUCUUCCUCUGCCUCUACCUCUUUACUUGCCUUUCACCCCUCUCUGCCUCGCAGCUUCCACGACCUCCAACCUUGUAAGACGCUUUCUAAAUUCCCAUCGCGGGGUUUCUGUAGUUCGACCAGCACUCCUACCACUCCAUCGCAUAAUCAAACCCAAAACUCCCAACCUCAAUCGAAGUCGGAAUCGCAACCGCAGUUUGCGACUCCUGAAGAUAACAUGGCGACCGAUGAAGAAUACAUGGCCUUCCUCGAUAAGGCGAAUCAAGACCCCAACGAGGGCGUCGCGACGAGCGAUGCUAAGGUCGAGUUCAAAACUACGGAUGCUGAUGUGGAGAUCCCGAAGGUGUUGAGGGAGGCGAUCAAGGAUAAGUGGUAUACUAGUGAUGCGGAUGAGGAGUUUGUGGUUGUUGCUUUGAGGGUUGAGGGGGGUGGGUUGCCUGAUGAGUGUUUGUUCCCCCUGCCCCUCCUUUUGUCCCUUUCCCUCCUUCCCUUCCCCCUCCCUCCCUACAAUAUCUCGUACGAGUAUCCAGCUAAUUCUGGGGAAUGAACAGCCACCUUUGCGAAACUUAUCUAUCACCCCUCGCCUGCCGAUGCUACCGUCGAGAUCCUCGAUCCUUCGACCUGGGAUCCGCAGGGUGAGUAUCAGGAUGUUGUGCAAGCUGUGAGGGAGGUGACGAAGGGAGGAGAUGUGAGGGUUUAUCGGGUUGAGAAGGAGGGCAGCAGGGUGGAAUAUUGGGUUGUGGGCGUGGAGGGUGGUGCGCUUUUGGGGGCGAAGGUGCUUGCUGUUGAGAGUUGAGCUCAUAUCUCUUCUCUUUCUCGUAUGUUAGGGGAUUGGGUAGUGCUGGGGGAAUAAUAUGGGGGUUUCUGUGGUUAGGAGGGUUGGUUGAUGAUAUCCUGGGAUUUUUUGAAGAUGGGUGUGGAGUUGCUUUUUUGUGGUUUCUGGGAGGAUCACGGCCGAUUUUUCUUUGAUAGUGAUGGGAAUGAGUUGUUCUCGGGCGCGAGUAAGAGUAUGAGUCGAUGUAAUAGUCGUAUGAUACAACUGCCUGCUCCCCUUCUGAGAAAGAAAGAGAACAAGGACAGCCGAAUCUAAACAUAGUGUGUGGUACGGAGCAAAGAUUUUCUCGACAAUCGUACCACUUCGAAAUUUCACUUCCCAUUUCCUAGUAGAUAUAUCAUGCGAGAGGGCCA